AUGAUCGAAGUCUUGCAGAGCGAGGCUCCCUUGAGCCCAAGAAAAUCGAGAUUCAAACUUCUCUCCGACAGAUUUGUUUCCUUCAUACACAAUCUCAACCAUGCCGCAAGACAUGCCAACACCCUUUCCGCUUCCGCAUCGUUUAAGAGACAUCGGAGUCGUUCCAAAUGCACCGAUCCUAAAGAAUUGAAGUCUGCUAAAGUUGUCAAGGAGGAUUCGGAGCCGAUUUGUGUCACGAACCCAACUUCGCUAAAAAAACAAUCUCGGGUUUCUCGCGACGAAUUCGCCGACUUCUUGGUCCACAAAUUGGAAGACGACUACAUAUUCUGGAUCGAUGAUUCGACCUUGGUUCAGAGCCAAGAGGUACCCAAGCUCGCUCCGGAGGUGGUCCCUGAGACUCCCGAGGAUGACUUUGAGAGUUGUAUUGAUAAUACUUCCCUGCUUCUCUUCUCAGAAAAUUUCAUGUCCAGCGGCUCGAUAAUCGCUGACUCUCUUACUUUGCUUGGCCUGAACACCCAUCCAUUGGAUCCGACUGACAAUAAACUGGCGGUCUCAGACCAAUCUUUGGAAAAGGAGUUACCGUUUUACAGUGCCCAGGCGCUUGAGCCUGGGGCAUUCGAGGUAUGCGACGACCUAAGCCAUGCCUUUGAUGACGAUUCAUUCGAGGUGGAACGGAAUAUCGGCGCCGACGCCAAUAUUGAUAUCGAUGCAAACGGAAGUGAUGACGAAAGAUCCGAUGUUGCACUGAUGACACCUCCGUUUUCUUUUGAAUCGGAUGAGGACGAAUGCAGCCUGGUGAGGUGGAAGGAGAAGAAGCCCAGGGGGAAGUGUGAUGAUGAUGUCUUGAUAGUGAGAACCAAACGCAGAGAGGAUCCAGAUGAUAGCCCCUCGCCUACCAAGAACACAUCCUCAGAAACGGAACACGAAUCUAAGGUGGUCCAGGCCAUGCCUGCUGUUCCGGAGGACGCUGAGGUUGACAUUGCCGGUCCCAUGAUUGAAAACAAAUUGAUGGUCAAAAGGAAACCUAAACGCUCGCUUCUGCAGAAAAGAAAGCUUUCGAGGCUCAAGCAUUCCCAGCGCAAAAAGAAAAAGAACCGUCGUUGA